AUGUUUACCGGAACUCAACCUAGUUUACAUGGAUAUACCAUUAGCGAUGCUCAGAAAAGUGUCUUAAUUCCGGACGAAAUAAAUGAGCAGCUGCAGUUACAAUUGGAAUCAUUGGGACUGGAUCAAGAAACGUAUAGAAGACUAUUUUCAAAGCCACGAUCAAGAAACUCGACUUCUAAUACAGCCAUAUCUACCGAAAGAGAAAGCCUGCAUGUUUUAGGUACUUCUGUUCAAGGACAAACCCUCCGAACAGACAGUAACAUAGAAAAUCCAAUACACUUUCAAAUCAGAGUGAAUGAGCCCAUCAUAAAGAGGUCAAAUUUGCCACCUUACCAACAUGUACCCUUCCCAAUCAUAACUACUUCCAGGAUUUUUGAGAAUGAAUACAUUAUGGUAACCAGAAGGUAUGCAGAUUUCAGAUGGCUUUAUAGACAGUUACAAAAUAAUCAUUGGGGUAAGAUAAUACCUGUCCCACCUCCAUUGGAGAUAUUAUCUGAUCUCCGGUCUGUACGAAGAUGGAUGGAAUCAAUGCUUCAUAUAAUUAUGAACGAUAGUGGAUUGCAAAAUGAUAAAGAUUUCCAUAUGUUUCUCACUUGUGAUAAUUUUGAACCGAAUGCCAAAUCUAGAGAAUAUGUAUCCAAAUCAGGGGCUUGUGAUGAUAAUAAUGAUCUAUCCGAGAUCCACAUAAGUAUGAUAAAAUUGUUUGGAGAAGAAGAUGGUAAUAAAAUAUUGAAGGAAGGCGGCAUCGAUGGCGCCUAUCAAAAUCACAAUAUUAUUAGUUCCUUUAUGAAUUCUGUACCGAAGUAUUCAGAACCGGAUGAAUGGUUCGAUAAACGACUAGAGUCUAUAAGUUCUUUACAGAUACAGUUAUCUGAAUUGAAUAAAGCUUUGAAAUUGGCUUCCAACCAAAGAGAUGAUGUGGUGUCUGUAAUUAAUGAAUUUUCGAUAAUUAUCAAUUCGCUGUCCGAUUUAGAGGGAACUAAACAAGGAUCAACUCUUUUCCAUAAUUAUGCUAAUAUUUUUGAAAAUCAACGAGAUUUCUUAAAGUCAUACUCGGAUGAGGAACGAAUGUUGAAGAUAGAGUAUUUAGAAUUCUAUAAAUACUCUUUGGAAAGUAUGAAAGCAAUACUAAACCAACGAUCGAAAUUGGGUUAUUUUAUGACUGUAGUGAAGGCUGAUAUGAGCAAGAGUAAGAUCCUUCUAGAGAAACAGAACGUUUCUACUGAAAAUACAGAAAAUGCUAAAAGUGAGAAGUUAAUACAACUUGAACAAGAAUGUCAUAUACUAGAACGAAGAUACCACAUCUUAAUUGAACAAUGGGAGCAGAUAUCUUCCGUGAUCAAAGAAGAAGUUUCAAAGUUUAAUGUUGAGGUUGCAAACACAUUUAGAGCCAAUGUCGCUGAUUUGUUAAAAAGUUUUAUUAAUUUGCAAAAGGAAAAUAUCGACUCUUUUACAACGUUCCAAAGCUCGAAUUAG